AUUAGUUUGUUGACGUCUCGCCAUAUGAACGUUUUAUAAGAAAACAAAAGUUGCAUUUUGCAAAUCAUCCGUUCGUUCUGAUUGAAACAAGUGAAGAAUUUUUGCUUUAAAUUUCUCGAUUUAGUAUUUACAAGGGAUACACAACCGCGACACAAUGGAUCCAGCACUUUUAAGAGAGCGAGAACUCUUUAAAAGGCGGGCUAUGGCCACUCCAACAGUGGAGAAAAAGAGCCGACCCGAAGCAUCAAUAAAAGAUGUGCCGAAACCAAAGAUCCGGCCAUCUAGUGCCGCACCAAAAUUAGACGCAACAAAUUACAAAACCAUGGCUGGAAGUUCACAAUAUCGUUUUGGUGUAUUGGCCAAAAUCGUCAGACAUAUGCGAUUACGACAUUUGGAUGGUGACGAUCAUCCGCUAACACUAGAUGACAUUUUGGACGAAACUAAUCAACUAGACGUCGGUUCGUCGGUGAAAACUUGGUUGCAAGCCGAAGCACUUCAAGACAAUCCGAAAAUCGAAGUGUCCGAUGAUAAAAUGCGUUUUUCAUUCAAACCGGUGUUCAAGUUAAAAGAUAGCAAAAGUUUACUGAAAUUAUUGAAGCAAUACGACUUGAAAGGUUUAGGCGGCAUUAUGCUUGAGGAUAUUCAGGAAUCUCUGCCACAUUGUGAAAAAGUUCUCAAAAAAUGCGAAGAAAAAAUUAUGUACAUUACACGACCAACGGACAAAAAGAAGAUUUUAUUCUAUAACGAUCAAUUGGACAAGAUUCGCGUUGAUGAAGAAUUCAAAAAAUUAUGGCGAUCAAUUCCAGUCGAUUCAAUGGACGAUGCCAAAAUUGAAGAAUAUCUUGAGAAACAAGGGAUUAGAUCGAUGCAAGAUCAUGGUCCAAAGAAACCAUUGGUGCCAAAGAGAAAGAAAACAACACAGAAAAAACGACAAUUCAAAAAACCACGAGACAACGAGCAUUUGGCUGAUGUGCUCGUCUCUUAUGAAGACAACACUAUCACUCAAGAAGGAGCUAAAAUUAAUCCAUCGUAAAUUAUACAUAUGAAUAUGAAAAAAACAAUAUAUUUAGUAAAAAAAAUGAAUAAACAGAAAGAUAUUUGAAAUUUUUUUAAAAAUUCA